GCAAUUUCUCAUGUUUGGAAGCGCGUUUCUAUAUGAAACGAAGUCUGGGAUAUCAUAUAACACAAACGUAUACACCAACAGCGAUGUGUGUGAUAUUCUCGUGGAUUAGUGUGUGGCUACCCGAGGAGUUUGUUGAUGGACGUGUCUUCGUGUCGUUGACAGUGUUUUUGACGUUAAGUGCCGAAAGUAGCUCAGCGAAAGAGAUUCUGCCAAAUGUUUCCUAUACAAAGGUGUGU